AUGGGCAAGAGCUCCCGCUCACACAAUCAGGACAACGAGCUGCAGAGAUUAUUUUGCAGAAUACGCCGCCGCAUGCCUCCACGACACGAUUUUCCCGUCUUUAUGAAGCAGCUCGCGGAGGAGAUCAAGCAGAUGCAGAAGCAGCAAGCACAGGAGGAGCGUGAAGCUAAAGAUUUCUUCGUCCAGCGCUGGCGCCAUUCCAUGCAGUACAGCUUGAGAGAGAGAUGUAAGUGGCUCCGCAAGAGCAAGCAGUGCCGUCCCUACGUGCUUCAUGGGGACUUGCAGCUUGACAAAGACCAAGACAUCCUCGAAGCCAUCUACGAGCACUGGCAGGCCAUGUGGCGAGCCUGCAAGCAAGCUCCGGUGCAGCCUAAGAUUCAGGUCGUGCUCAACAAUCUUCUUGAGCAUGAGCUCCUGACUGGGCGUCCUGAUCUUGAGGAUUUUGGCACCGCUUUGAAGGAGCUCGGCGGCUCUAGUGGCCCGGACGACUGGCAGCUUGAGGAGUUGCGUUGCCUCCCUCAAGGCGCCAUUGCUCUUUUGAGUCGCUUGACUUGCAGCUGGGAGGCUUCGGGUUGCACUCCUGCGGCCUUGAAGUACAGCCGCCAAGUUAACUUGGCUAAGCAGCACAAAAUCUUCAAUGGAUGCACCAAGAGCUCAGACCUUCGUCCCAUCAACGUGUACUCGCUCUGGUAUCGUUGGUGGAGUGGCUCGUGGGCCAAAAGCAAGCUUCUUCGUGGAUGGAGGCAGAUGGUCUUUCCUGCUGAAAUCACAGGUGGCUUGACCAGCCCGGGCACAGAGCGGCUUGCCGCGAAACUCCAAGAUGCCUUGGUUCAGCAUGGUUUCUUGGCCACCCUGGACUACUCGCUGGCUUUCGAUCACGUCGUUCCUGCCGCGAUUUUUCUGGGCAUGGAGCGCCUAUGCCUUCCGAAGGCCUUGUCCUCUGUUCUGCUUGAUCAGUGGACACACCAGAAGCGCAUCCUUCAGUGGAACUGCAGCACUCUUCCCAGGGGGGACGCUCUGUCACCCUUCGCUCUUAACAUUUUGAUGUUUGCUGGCUUCAACUAUGUUAAGACCCACUGCGCGGCUUCACCCACGAGGAGGCUCCACGAGAAUGAGCGCAAAACGCAGAUCACUUAUGCCAACGAUGACAGAAAGCAGGACUUGCUGACCGAGAUCGGCGAGGAUGCGGUGCUGCUCAAGGCCCUGACCCCCUCGGCGGUCGUCUUGGGUUGCUGCACUACCAGCGAGGAGCAGCGCCAGCCCAACGACAAGGAGCUUCAGCGCAGUCAAGAUGCUCAGCACAUUUGCAAGCGGAUCCGUCUCCUUCCUUUGGGGCACACGGAGAAGCUGGACACGGCUCGGAUUGCUGCUGUAAGCAAGGCUUCUUUUGGCUGGGUUGCAGCGGCGCCCUCUGAAGCUCUGACGAAGGCUCUUGACACCGCGGUGCGUGCGACAAGUGAUGCUUUUCGUGAGGGCUCAAAGCUUUUGCAUAAUGUGCUUCUGGGGGCCACCAGGUGCCUUGGGCCCGUGGUGGGCGUGAGACAAGUGUUUCUUUGGUGCAAGAGCAUGGCACAAGAGCAAUGGGACGAUGCUCGUCGUCGCAGCAGCAUUUUGCAACGUCCCAGCGCAUGUCGCUCGCUGCCCGAUGUGCAAUCAUGA